AUGGAUGAGGAGGGGAUAUCCAACAACGAAAGUUCUAAUGAUGUAGUUGAUGAAGAAAAUUUGGAGGAAGAAAGAGACCAUUCCGAUAUUUCUUUCGGCCGCCGAGAAGAUGAGGAAGGUGGUCUACACGGAGAUAGCGCUGAUGGUGGUGAUGGUGACGAUGGCGACGAUGGCAACGAUGGCAACGAUGGCAACGAUGGUGGCUAUGCCGGUUUUGAUGUACAAGUAGCGGAUGCUCCGAGUGAAGAAAAAGAUGCCGAGGGAGGUGGAAACGAAGAGGAGGAAGAAGAAGAGGAAGAGGUCGUCGAAGAAGAAGAAGAAGAAGAGGAAGAAGAAGAGGAGGAGGAAGAAGAGGAGGAAGACGAUGAUGAUGACGAUGAUGAUGACGAUGACGACGACGAUGAUGAUUAUGACGACGAUGAGUAUGACGAGGAUGACUUUAAUGAGGCCACGGUAUCAUGGAUCGAAUGGUUCUGUCAGCUGAAACAAAACAUUUUCCUUGUGGAGGUGGACGAAGACUUCAUAAGAGACGAGUUCAACCUGAUAGGGCUACAAACAAAGGUACCCCAUUUUAAAAAGUUGCUAAAAAUAAUACUUGAUGAAGACGACGAUGAUGAAGAUGACGAUGAUGACGAGGACGAUUAUGAUGAAGAAGAUGAUGAAAUAAAUAGGGGCUCGGAUGACAUUUACAAAAAUAAGGAUAUAUAUGAACAGAACGCUGCAUGCCUCUAUGGAUUAAUACACAGUCGUUUCAUUUUAACGUCAAAGGGGUUAGCACUCAUGAGGGAAAAAUAUAAGUCAAGCAUUUAUGGUACGUGUCCAAGUAUAUAUUGCGAUAAUGCCAAAUUGUUACCUACUGCCAUUUCGGAAGUACCCAAAUUUUUAAGCCCGCUUUUGUAUUGUCCUCGCUGUUGCGAAACAUUUUAUCCACAUAAAAAUUCUCUGAUUAAUCAAUUGGAUGGAGCAUAUUUCGGUACCAGCUUCGCUUCUUUUUUCGCGCUUUCCUUUAACAUUCAAUCAGACAAGAAGAGGAUUUAUUACACACCCCAGAUAUGCGGCUUUACCAUUAAUAGAGACAUACGGGAAACAUUGUACUUGGACAUGAACAAGGACAACAGCGAGUCGUCCGAGGAGUAUUCGUAA